AUGCAAUGGCGACGUGCUGCCGUGGGCCGGAACACGACGACCACACAACCGGUAAGGGGGAAGGGACAGGAGGGGCGAAGAGCGAGCCACGAGUCCGAGACCGAGACGGGGGAGCGAGGGGAGAGGGGAGAGGGGAGAGGGAGGGCGAGCACGAGGAUCACGACGUCCAGAAGACCAAAGACACAGUCAAGUCGGCGACAGGCAAAGGGGCGCUGGGUGGCAUAUAAGCCGCAUGCAACCACGUUCCUCUCACACGCCCACACCCAUUCACCGCCAACGCAUGCACGUUUGGUUGUCGCCAUUUCAUUCUGCAUCGUAACAGAAUGCCACCCAUCGAGCAGCAGGGACCAGACCCUGAAGCGGCCAUGCGCCUCACCCACACACACCGACCCAUCUCCAGUUUUUUGUUCUUCGACCACGCCUGGCCCACUCAUUCGCCUCGCCGGAAAACUUAGCACACGACACUAG